AUGCCAGGCGAGACGACAUCUGAAGACCUGCAGCUUGCAGCGGCCGCUGCUGGAUUUUCUCUUGGUUUCGGAUACCUGACGGUGGUCCGCGCCUAUAAGCAGACCAUGGCUAAUAGGGCUCCUGCUCGAAGCAUGUACAUCUACAUGUUAUGGGGAGAGAUUCUGGCAAAUUUCGUCCUUGGGAUCUUGACAUGGCUCUACCUCAAGGAUGUUGUGAAGACUACUCCAGUCCUUCUCUUCUUCAUUCUGGUUUUCUACGCGCUCGAAGUGCAACUCCUGAUGCAGAUCAUCAUCAAUCGAAUUGCCGUCAUAGCAGAACGAAAACCGAUUGCAACCAAGCUCAAGAUCGCAACAGCCGUCAUUAUCUCAUGCAUCAACAUCGCGGUCUUUUGCAUCUUCAUACCGAGCCACAUGAUGCCUCCGGUGAACCAGACCUUUGUGAACAUCAACAAGUACUGGGACCGUCUAUCAAAAGUCUUGAUUAUGCUUGUCGAGUAUGUUCUCCAGAUACUGUCUGCAGCGUCGGUGGCAUCUGCUGAAAAUCUCCCAGUNGCCUUCUUGAAUUGGUACUUUGUCUAUGUCGUGCGAGCGCGACUUGUCAAAUAUCAUGGCCUUAGAAAGUACAAGCCACUGGUCGGAUAUUACACUCGCUUGGGUCUUGUGUCAGUUGCCAUGGACGUAUACAUGGCAAAGCUCAAUAUAGAGAUGUCUCUUCCGAUACAGAUGGCAGAUAUGAUAGUCAAAGUCGCACGAUCAUCCGAAAACGACGUAAAGCCGAGAUCGUCUUCUCUGACACCGUUCCCUGAACAAUCACGGAUGCAUCACAUAGCCACCCUGCGCGGUGACGACGACAUACACAUUGGUCCUCAAAACACCGCAGUGAUCGGUCAUACCCAACUCGACAAGGCAGAACGAAAAGGCAUCGAAGGUAUCUCGCGCCAGAGAGAAGUGCAAGUUUAUGUCGGAGAUGCGGACAGCGAUUGCCGCACCGACAGUCUUGAGAACGGUAAAGAGCUGGGCAGAAGCAGGGCAAACUCAUCUGAGUCGCAGAUUCCGUUGAAGGAUCUGGGAAGGUCGAAAGAGGUGCGAUAA